AUGGUAGGGCUAGACGCCAACUAUUUCAGAGAGGAGGACGACUACACGGCCUUCAUCCGGACUCAUCUUAUGCCACCCCUGACUGGAGUUCGCGCCGGCAACGCAGCAGGUGCUCCUUUGGUUGGAGAGACUGCUCAGGAGACCAAGGCUGGUAUUAGAGCGGCUCCUCCUGCUGUGCGGGCUGCCAACACCCACACAGUAUACGGAGGGCCUUCUUUAGCUAGUUGCCUCCCUAGUUCAUAUGGUGCAGAGGAGGGAGAUGCUGCUUGUUCUGCACAGUAUCCAGGUUCUACCUGUACCGAGGGCACCUGCAGCAGCAUUAGCAGCACUGGCGGCACCUCCUCCAGCGGUAGGGAAGAGAGGGGCAGAGGUGCUCGGAGUCGGAGAAGCUCAGAGCUAGCUUUGAGUGGGGAUGAUACUGAGACCAACAACUCUGAGGAGGCAGUGAGCCGAUGCUCUGAGUCUGAGAGCGGGGACGAUGAUGCUGGCUCAGGGUCAGGGAGUAGAGACGACGCCGAUGCUGGCUUUGAGUCAAGGAGCAAAGAUGAUGACACUGGCUCUAGCUCAGAGUCUGAUUCUGAUAACGGUGCCGAUAGAGACAGUGCCCCUGAGGACGAAAAUGGCCUCUUGAGCUUGAUAUGA